AUGUAUUUUUAUGGAAAUAAUCCCAUUUUGAUUGCUCAGUUUACUUGCAUAGUUAUGAGCUUAUUGUCAGUUGUUGGAGUCAUUACAGUAUAUAUAUUAGGAAAAGGAUGGAGAUAUUUCAUUGCUAAGUAAAUAUGUAUAAUUAUAAUUAGCCUAUUCUUUACUUAAAUUGUUAGUAUGUUAUUUUUCUAUGUACCACAACUACUAACACCAUUCAUUUUUUAUGAAUAAAAUAAUUCUGAUGAAGAAUAUCAAUUUUGUUAAUUCAAAUCUGAUUCAGAUAAUACCUAAUGUUGCAUUAAUGGAACAUGUAUAAUUAAAUAUAUAUUAUGAAAGUUUGCAAAUUAUAAGGGUACUUCAUUAAUUCAUCUUUUUUGGCAUCAACUUUAAUUUCUUUGUAUUCAUGCUAUAUUAUUAAAUAAACAUUGAAUCCAAAUCUUAAGUUUGUAUAAACUAAAAAAUAAAUUUAUUGGAUACAUUUUGCUAUUGGCAUAUUUACAUUUGCAAUAUGUUUACCAAUGCUUUUUUGGGCAAACUUUUAGCAUUAUGGCACUACAUGGAAAAAUGAACUUAUCUAUUAUAUAUGCAAUUUAGAAGUUAGAUCAAAUGAUAAAUUUACUAAAAGUUUAUUUUGGUUAUAAUCAUCUAUUACAUUUAUAUUGAUAAUUGUUAGUAUUAUAUUUCAUUGUUUGGUGAGAUAACUAAAAUCAAAGAUUAGAACCAAUUUUACAGAUGAGUUUGAUUCAUGUUCCUCAUUAAAUCUCUAUAUAUUACCAAUAACUUUAUUAACAUUAUGGACAAUCAAUAUGAUAUAGAAACUUAUAGAUUAUUAAACAGAAUGGAUAAGAUAAUGGUUAUAUGUAUUUUAAUUAUUUUGGUUCAUUCCACAACUUUUACUAGCAUUACAAGGAUUUAAUUAUGCAUCCCUAUUUUUUUAUGCAUUUCAUUAAUAAUUAGUGCCAAACCUUCCAAAAUCAUUAUAAAGCACUUAUAUGUUCUUUGCAAGGAUCAGUAUCUAUAAUUUGAUAUUUGGGAAAAUCUAAGUAAAUAAUUUUAAAUAAUUUUAGGAAUCCAAAAUACCAAAAGACUCUCUACUAAAUGAUGCUGAUUCAGCCAAAGAAAGUACUUCAUCUUAUAUAUAAAAAGAUGAAUCCUCAACAAAUCGAUGA